UCCCUCGCUCGAGAGGCGCCUCUCUUCCCAGGGGGCCGCUCUCCCUCCUGCGCGCGCAGCUUUUGUUCUCUUGCCUUCUCCUCCUCAUUCCUCCUCCUCCGCUCGGGAGGCGCCUCUCUUCCCAGGGGCCGCUCUGUCCUCUUUCUCGCUCUCCCUCCUGCGCGCGCAGCUUUUGUUCUAUUGCCGCCUCCUCCUUCUCUUCCUCCUCCGCUCGGGAGGCGCCUCGCUUCCCGGAGGCCGCUCUCCCUCCCUGCUGCGCGCGCAGCUUUUGUUCUCUUGCCGCCUCCUCCCGGCCUCGCUUCCCGGGGGCCGCUCUCUCUCUCUCCUUCCUCCCUCUCUCUCGCUCUCCCUGCUGCGCGCGCAGCUUUCUCUCUGUUUCUCCCCUCCCCCCCCUGGACGCGCCGCCUGCUGGUCCCGCGCGCGCGACCGACCGACCGAGCACCGAACUUCCCUCAGAGCGGCGGCGACAUGACGGCGGAGGAGCGCGGGGACGAGGAGAUGAGCGCGGCCGAGGCGGCGGCGGCGGCGGCCGCGGAGGGCCUCGACAUCACCGCCAAGUGCGACGGCGGCGUCCUCAAGGUGGUGAAGAAGGAAGGGACGGGCACCGAAUGCCCCAUGAUAGGGGACAAAGUCACCGUCCACUACACCGGAUGGCUUCUGGAUGGCACCAAGUUUGACUCCAGCCGGGACCGAAAGGACAAGUUCUCCUUCGAUUUUGGAAAAGGUGAGGUGAUCAAAGCCUGGGACAUCGCCGUGGGAACCAUGAAGAUUGGAGAAGUUUGCCAGAUCGUCUGCAAACCGGAAUAUGCCUACGGCUCUGCUGGCAGCCCUCCUAAAAUACCUGCUAACGCCACCUUGUUUUUUGAGGUAGAACUGUUUGAGUUCAAGGGAAAGGACUUGACCGACGAUGAAGACGGGGGAAUAAUUCGGCGGAUCCGAAAGAAAGGAGAAGGCUAUUCCAAACCCAACGAGGGAGCCUUGGUAGAGGUCGAAAUUGAAGGUCGACACGGAGACCGCGUGUUUGACAAACGGGAGUUACGGUUUGAAGUCGGAGAGGCAGAAAACUAUGACCUCCCUCCAGGCGUGGACAAAACAUUACAGAAAAUGGAGAAGCUGGAAGAGGCUGUGGUUUAUCUCAAGCCCAGCUACGGCUUUGGAAGUCUUGGGAAACCAAAGUUUCAAAUCCCGCCAGAUGCCGACUUGCAAUACGAAAUCAAACUCAAAAGCUUUGAAAAGGCAAAAGAGCCCUGGGAGAUGAACACCCAAGAGAAGCUGGAACAAGGCGCCAUUGCAAAAGAAAAAGGCACCCAGUAUUUCAAAGAAGGGAAAUACAAGCGAGCAACGUUACAGUAUAAGAAAACGGUAUCGUGGCUGGAGCAUGAAACCGGUCUGUCGGAUAUGGAGAAAACCCAAUCCAGGAACCUGAGGCUGGCCGCCCACCUCAACCUGGCCAUGUGCCAUUUAAAGCUGAAAGAGUACUCUCAGGUCUUGGAAAACUGCAAUAAGGCUCUGGAAUUGGACAGCAACAACGAGAAGGGCCUCUUCCGGCGAGGCGAGGCUCGGUUGGCUGUCAACGACUUCGAGUUAGCCCGAGCAGAUUUCCAGAAGGUGCUACAGCUCUACCCAAGUAACAAGGCGGCCAAAGCCCAGCUGCUCAUCUCCCAGCAAAAGAUCCGCCAGCAGCACGAAAGGGAGAAAAAGAUGUACGCCAACAUGUUCCAGAGACUGGCAGACAAAGAAACGAAGGUGGAAGCUGACGCAGGAUGCAAAGAAGAGGCGGAUCUGAAAGACGGCAAACAGAACGGGGUGGAGGAAAAAACAGAAGUCGACAUAGAGAUUUGAGGGUUGAAAGUUGACCCGUUAGUUUUCUAAAACUGAAGAAUUUCCAGUGAACUAAACCUUUAUUUUUCUAUCUCGAUUCGGUAAGGGGCGACGGCUGGGGGCUGUUUAGUGUCUAUAAUAGGAAACGGUGGCAGAACACAAGAACCAAGUAACGUUUGAUGUAUUAUUUAUUCGGACAUGCAUCCUUACUCUGUUGUUGUUGAGCUUGAAAAGUUCUGUUAGGGUCCCUUCUUUCAGUUUCCUCAUCUCCCUGGCAUCCUUCUCAGGUUCCAGCUUGGCCUAACCAAAUCCCAUUUUAUUCCCCCUUCUUUACUCCCUCUCCCCCCUCCAUUUUUAAAGAAAGUUUUAUCUGCACAUGCACACAGCUAUUGCAUGAGAGGCCUAAACACAAAAAAACCCUCCCUUUUCUGCUGCAGCCUAACAUUUCUCUCUUCGGGUCUGUCACCACAGAUGCUCAUUUUUACCGGGCAGGGGUGGCCACUUUCCUUGUUAAGGGCUCCUCUUCCUGCAGGAGAGGAAAAGAAAUAAAAAACCAAAACUUGAGCAGCAAACUGUGAAGUCUGGAGGUGGUUAGUAGCCCUCAGGACUGUUAAAUGCAGAUAUUCCUCCUCCCGAGCCCACUCGGCAUCAGCAACACCAGAGUCGCCUUUGGCAAAGACACAAAGUUCAAUAAAUGACUCACUCUGCCAAGGGCAUCCCACCAGCAGGAGCUUUGGAAUAAGAGAGGAAAUAUCCAAAGUGCAGGCAAACAACAUCUGGCCAGAUAUGGUUUGUAGGUCACGAAGAGUUGCUCCGACUGACCUUAGUCGUUUUUGGAAAGAGGCCACCCGCAUGCCAUAAGCCUUCAAACACAUCUGCCAGUUGGAGAACAUCCUUCUACACCAACCCAGCAGGUCUGAAGUUUGUGUCCUUCGGGGUCUUCCCUAUUUCCCACCCACCCACCCCUCCAUUUAGCACAGAAAGACGUAACCGAGAUAGAUCGGGAGAUUUGCCUACGUUUCCACAACUCCCUCGGAAGCCUGCCCACAGCUCGCGCCAACAGUUCCAAGUUUUUUUGCUUGAAACUUUUGCCCACUUGUUCAGCCAGGUGGGAGAAAGGGAGGUCGGAAGUCACUAAGGGGGGGGGGGGCGCGGCGGAAUCACUCAUUGGAAUAAAAGCCUAAUGCAGACCAAGGAAUGGAUCACAAGAGAUCUGAAUCGAUGGGUGGGAAAGCAGGGCUUUACGCUUCCAGCUCAAUUGGACUCACUUGGAAAACGGGACACGCGUGCCACAGAUAAUUUGGCGUCAAACCUUGAGAGCAUGGCACCGUGCACAGCACUUAAAAGUCCUUUGUGAGCCUGUCAUCGAUGGAGGCUUGAAGGACAUCUUCCAAAUUGUCAUUUCUCUCCCUUCGUUAACUUUUGCGAGGAGCUUGAGCUCUCUCGGCUGUGAACAUAUUGCAACCCAGCCGUGCAUUUUAGGAAUGGCAGCGAGCUGUUGGGCCAAGGCAGUCGGGAGGCAGAUGUGGGCUAGGCAAGACUCAAGGCUGUGUGCAUAAGUGGCGAUGACUUCUGAAAGGAAAGCGAACACAAAGCGGAGUCAUUUCAUGAUUGGCUUUUUAAAACGAUUAACCGCAACCCUGCUGUUUUUGCCCAUUAUGCAGAUUAAAACUGUAUAAUCUCU